AUGCAUCAUAAACAAGAAUGCCAGUGCCAGCAGGGGGACAUCCAGCUGAUUCCGAUUGGUGGGAGGAACCGCAGCUGCAACUCCUGCAUCAUACGUCAAUUUACCAGGAGAACAACACAGACGUCAGAUACCAGGAGAACAACACAGACGUCAAUUACCAGGAGAACAACACAGACGUCAAUUACCAGGAGAACAACACAGACGUCAGAUACCGAGAUCAGAUACCAGGAGAACAACACAGACGUCAAUUACCAGGAGAACAACACAGACGUCAAUUUACAGGAGGGAACAACACAGCACCAGGAGAACAACACCAGCGUGGAUCAGAUACCAGGAGACAAACACAGACGUCAGAUCCAGAGAACAACACAGCGUCAAUACCAGGAGAACAACACAGACGUCAGAUACCAGGAGAACAACACAGACGGCAGAUACCAGGAGAACAACACAGACGUCAGAUACCAGGAGAACAACACAGACGUCAGAUACCAGGAGAACAACACAGCGUCAGAUACCAGGAGAACAACACAGACGUCAGGAUACCAGGGAGAACAACACAGACGUCAGAUACCAGGAGAACAACACAGACGUCAGAUACCAGGAGAACAACACAGACGUCAGAUACCAAGACGUCAGAUACCAAGAACACACAGACGUAGAUACCAGGAGAAGCAACACAGACGUCAGAUACCAGGAAGAACAAACACAGACGUCAGAUACCAGGAGAACAACACAGACGUCAGAUACCAGGAGAACAACACAGACGUCAGAUACCAGGAGAACAACACAGACGUCAGAUACCAGGAGAACAGACGUCAGAACCAAGAACAACACAGACGUCAGAUACCAGGAGAACAAACAGACGUCAGAUACCGGAGGAGAUACCAGGAGAACAAACACAGGACGUCAGAUACCAGGAGAACACACAGACGUCAGAUACCAGGAGAACAACACGACGUCAGACCAGGAGACAACACAGACGUCAGGAUACCAGAGAGAACAAACACAGACGUCAGAUACCAGGAGAAACAACACAGACGUCAGAUACCAGGAGAACAACACAACGAACAGGAGACAACACAGACGUCAGAUACCAGGAGAACAACACAGACGUCAGAUACCAGGAGAACAACACAGACGUCAGAUACCAGGAGAACAACACAGACGUCAGAUACCAGGAGAACAACACAGACGUCAGAUACCAGGAGAACAACACAGACGUCAAUACCCAGGAGAAAACACAAGACGUCAGAACCACGAGAACCAACACAGACGUCAGAUACCAGGAGAAGCAACACAGACGUCAGAUACAGGAGACAAGCACAGACGUCAGAUACAGGAGAACAAACAGACGGGCAGAUACCCAGGAGAACAACACAGGACGUCAGAUACCAGGAGAAAAACACAACGUCAGAGACCAGGGAGAACAACACAGACGUCAGGAUACCAGGAAGAACAACACAGACGUCAGAUACCCAGGAGAACAACACGACGGAUACCAGGAGAACAACACAGACGGCAGAUUACCAGGAGCAAACAACAAGAGUCAGAUACCAGUGA